GCACUACGGAGAAGAUGAUUGAAUGAAAAUGUAUAACAAAUGUUAAGAAGUAGCCAGUUAUCUGUUAAAAUUUGUGGAAUCAUGGGACAUAUCUUCAUUAUUUAAAUUUCUUAUUAUCGAUUAUACUUGAGAGUAUAAUAUACUCUCUGUCUUUUAUUUAGUAAGAUCAGUAUGUCAGGAACAAAGGAUGAUAUCAAUAAAGAUGAUAAUCUAAAGAGACAAGGUUCAUUCAGGAAAUUAUUGCCUGUGAACACAAAUGGAGAUUCACAAUUGAGUAUGUCGGUGAAAAUGAUUGACAGGCCAACUGUAUCACAAACAAAUAAAGAAUAUGCAAUUUAUUUACAGGAGUACAAUAUAUUAUCAGAAUACAACAUGUUAUGUUCACAAGAUCUAAAGGGUGUUUAUGUCAUACCAUCUGCUCAAAGUUCCUUGUUAUGGUUUGGUGUACAAUUUGUCCGGCAAGGUAUAUAUCAAGGUGGAAUUUUCAGAUUUAAUAUUACGCUACCACAAAAUUUUCCAGAUGGAUCAUGCCCUAAAGUCAUAUUUCAAACUCCAGUUUUUCAUCCUUUGAUUGAUCCUGAAACUGGAGAGCUUUAUACAUCGUGGGGUUUUCCAGAAUGGAGAAAAAGUAAUAGAAUUUGGCAACUGAUACAAUUUAUAACCAAAAUCCUCACGAAAGUAGAUACUAAAAUGAAUUCUGUAAAUCACGAAGCAUCUAAUUUAUUAGAAAACAAUUUCGAGCUAUUUCGAGAUCGUGUAAAAAAAUGUGUGAGAGAAAGUUUAAACAAUGUUUAUAGUUUACCCACUGUGGAUGAUCCUCACUAUAUUACUUUUAGUCCAUAUGUUAAUGAGCUUCACAACCCCGUUAAGAGAGAAAUUUAUGAGCCCAAGGAAGAAGAAGAAAACAAAGCACUCGGUUUGUCGUGGGUACAACCCGGUUCGUUGCAACCAUUCUCUAAACCUGAAGCAAGAUAAUAAGUAACUCUAGUAGCGCACAGUAAAUAUAAUAACGAAACUACGUACGUCCUUAAGAAAUAAGAGAAUUGUAAAUUUCUAUA